AUGACUAUAGGUCUGCAAGAGGAUAUCAAAUUGGUUCCUCUAAACCUCUUUAACAGGCCAAGUUGGUAUAAAGAGAAAGUAAAUCCAGCAAACAUGGUUCCUGCACUUGAACACAAUGGCAAGAUCACUACAGAAAGUCUGGACGUGAUCAAAUAUGUUGAUAGCAACUUCGACGGGCCUUCACUUUAUCCCGAGGUUCGAAUUUUCAUUUCCGUAUACAUGUAUUUGAUGUUAAAGAUAUUGUAUUGUCAUGUUACUAAUAACCUCCACGUUUUUCUUGCAGCACCAGUCUUUGAUUAUUUGGAAAAUGGUUUGCACAAGUUCAACGAUGGUCCAUUCUUCCUUGGCAAGCUUAGCUUGGUUGAUAUAGCGUUUAUAACAUUGAUUGAACGCGUUCAACCCCUCCUUGAAGAUGCUUAUAAGUAUGACAUUACUCUAGGUCGACCAAAAUUAGCCACUUGGAUCCAGGAAAUGAAUAAGAUAGAUGCUUAUACUCAGACGAAAGAAAAUCGAAAGGAAGUCAUCGAGUACAUGAAGAGUCGUUACAUGCUAAGAGCUUCAAAAUCUAUACGAUACCAAAAUCACGCUUCCAAACUCUAA